GAAGCGUCUUGUUCCGGAUGACAAAGAGAACAAAAAAAGACACGCGGGCUGAUGUCCUGGUUCCGGACAUCACACUGCUGCUAAUUCGGCUCAGCUUCACAACCUCAAGAGUUAUAAAGCGCAGUCAUCUUAAUGGCCACGGGGGGCACUCUCCCAUCGCAACAAAUCGGCAAAAUAAACUCAAACAAACGCGGACCAUCCAAUUUUUACAAAUCUUCAAAACAGCCCUUCCAAGCCAAAAAUCCACCCGAACAAUCACAACAGGAAUGACUCAACGAUCCAAUCCUAGUGGAUUGGAUGGAAAUCUUCCCGGAGAAGAAGGUCCUCGUGGCCCAACUUCUACUACUCCAGAAAUGGGCUCCCCAGCGCUUCAUUCUGCAGCGAACAACCAUGCCAGUUCCGAUAACAUCUACGGGCCAGAGGAUGAAUAUCUCAUUUUUGGUAGUUCCCCUAUAGAAAUCACCGACGACCCGUCGCAGGCUGAGAGCAGUCAGCACCCGCCCCCACCCGUGGGCUUUGAAGCUCUUCGAAAAGACCCCAAGUAUUUCGCCUAUCGUCACAUCCCGCCCAUCACCCGCGGCCUUACAAUGUUGAGGCCCCUGGAAGAAUAUCUAGAGAAGCUUAAGCCCCGGGACCAAACCAACAUCGCGCGAUACUUUCGCGAAUUGGACCGCGAGACGGCUGAGAUGCUACAUGGUCCUCUCCAACCAAGGGACUUCAUUUACUCGUACGACUUUGUUGAUGAAGACUCCACUCCCGCGAUCGCCCGUAGUAUCUCGAAAUUGUUUGAUUUGAACACGCAGGGCGUUAAUCGAAUCCUCCAAACUAUACAACUUGACCGUGUUGACCUGUGUCUUCAUUCCCCCCAUUCCCGCCAUAGGCCAGAAGCAGUGGAUUGGCUGCUGGAUUCUCUUGGACUACAUCCAGUAUCCUCACUAUUAUCUGAAGACCCUGAUCCUAACAGGAUCGAAAAGUGCUCAAUCUGUCUGAAGGAAUACGACCCCGAAAUUCCGGUAAUUGUGCUACUAUGCCAUCCUGAACACCACUUCCACACAGACUGUAUCAGAAGAGCUCUGAACAAAGUCGCACGCUGUCCGUGUUGCCACGUCGAUGUCCUGAUGCCCCGAGAUUGAGCUCACUGUCGCCAAAACCCCUGCUCUUUACAUCUGAUCCUGACCAAGACUUUUUAUCCUGAAAUGCUAUCUUUAUCAUACACAAUAAUCACAGCAAGUUUCGCACAAAAUUUCGA